GUGCUGGUGAAUACCCAGAAGUUUAAACGAGAUCGUCAUUUAUCGGCAGCAAUGGCCAUGACACCACCUUCCGCACCUACUCCUCCUCCCAUAUCUGCUCGUGCAUCCAAACCUAUUCUUACCUCCUCCAAUUACCUUUCCGUUGCCUCUCAUUAUGACCGGCUUCUAAGUGAGCACUACACAUGGAUGUUUGGCGGUUAUGAAACAAAGCUAGCCCAAAACCGAUGUAUCCUAUUAAGGCAUCUUCCGGCCACUGUCGCCCCUGAUACGGUGGCAGUCGAUCUAGGUUGUGGACCAGGCUUUCAAACUAUUCCUUUGCUGGAGCUUGGAUACAAAGUGGUGGCUGUCGAUGCAAGUGUGGGCAUGCUGGAGGAACUUGGGGAUGAGAUUAAAACAUUAGGCAUUGAUGAGAAAAGAGUGCGAACCGUUGAGGGUGAUCUCCUCAACUUUCGGGAGCAAAUUGACGACGGAGCUGCUGGGUGUGUAGUGUGCAUGGGCGAUACACCGACACAUUUAGCAUCCCUUGAAGAAGUCCGUGAAAUGAUUCGUGAUGCGCAUGCUGCAUUACGGCCACACGGACGGCUCAUUCUCCAAUUCCGAGAUUUGACUCAUCCCCUUGAAGGAACAGAUAGAUUUGUUCCCGUGCGAUCAGAUGCCAUGACUGUCUUCACAUGUUUCUUAGAAUGGGAGCGACAAAGGGAUGAUGGGGCGGCUGUGGAAGAGGAUGGAAGUGGAGCGAGGAUCCGUGUCCAUGAUUUGGUUCACAUUAAGAAAGGCAAUGGAACCUGGGAGCUAUGCAAAAGUUGGUAUUAUAAAUUAGCCAUGAGCAGGGAGUGGGUUGGCCAGACAGUGAAGGAAGCUGGGUUUAGAGUAGAGUAUGGAGAAACGGAGCAUGGAAUGGAGUUGGUAGUCGGGAUAAAAGAAGCUCAAUGAAAGUGUAAAGGCAGAACCUCAUGGAUUGUCAAUGUGGGUGAUGUCGUUAUUAUCUUUAUUGCCAGCUACA